CGUGCCAACGCCUCUUCCUCUUGGGUUUCAUAAGCAACGUCUCCUGGAAGCCGCUCGUGAUCUUCUCCGGCGGCAAGAAGAGGACAAGUUGGACACAGACAGCAACGAGAAGAAAGAGAGGGAGGCUUAGCAUCCAUGGAGAAGGAGAACCGCAAGGAGGAGGAGCAGCAGGGGGGCGCAGUGGGGUGGAUGACGGUGCCGGCGUUCGGGGAGUGGGACGUCAAGAACGGCGCCGUGCCGGACUACUCCAUGGACUUCUCCAAGAUCCGGGAGAUGCGCAAGCAGAACAAGCGCGAGCUCUCCAGGGCCAGCCUCGGCGGCGACGAGGACCUAAAGGCGCAGGCCCAUCCCGCAAAGGCCGCCGCGGCGGCCGCCGACGACCACCACCGGCCGCUCCACGACGACUCCCCCACAGGAAAGAAGAAGUUCCUCAGCUAUUUCCAGUGCUGUAUUAGAGCCUGAAGCACUGCGAACCCUGACGGUGUCACAGCACAUAUCUCCUGCGCAAAUAGCUUUAAGGUUUCCCAUGUACUGUAAAGUUUGCGUAAUGUGUAAUCUUCUCCGGUUCUGUAAUCUUGUUGCUCAUGUGAGCAAGCGAAAGGACGAAUUGUGAGGGAAGAAAGGCACAUCAGUCCAUGCUGUUUUUUUUUGUUUUGCAACUUUUGGUGCAAUGUGAUUUGGGUUUGGUUGGAGAAUGUAAUUUGCACCAGUGAUGAUACCUUGAUUGCAUAUUAAAUGAUUAAUGAUCCUUCCUGUUUUUCCGUUUCUA